AUAACGCAGUUCUCUGUUCCCCUUCCUGCUGCAGUUUUAGCCUCUCUGUUUUAGAAACAGUGAGUGUUGGUGCUGGAUGCCAGGAUGGGGCAGACUUUGCUUUGUGUACUGUCAUUAUUCUUGCUGAGUACAUUCCUCGACUGUGGACACAUUGAAGAUGCUGAGCUGACCCUUGAACCAAAAUCACCCUAUUUAUUCACUGGAGAAUGCAUUACCUUCACAUGUGACAUGAGAGAUGGAUAUGACACUGACUGGCAUUACACAUUCAACUGGAAUGGUCAACAUAUUGUCUCCUUCGAUGCAAAUAACUCCUACUCACUUAACCUAACGGCAGACUUGAGUGGUGACUAUCAGUGCAUCGGUCACCACAAGGACUUGACAAAUGUGACAAAACAGAGUAAUAAGGUCACUCUAUCUGUGUCAGCACACAGACCCACGGCCACUCUGAGAGCAGAUGGGACAUCCAUACCGGUGGCUGGCACUUUGACACUGACCUGUUCUGUUCUGGUCUCUGGGGGCUGGAAGUAUGACUGGUUCAGACGCACCUCAGACUCUUAUGAAACUAUGAUUGUAGCAGAUGGUGUGCAAAACUCUAUCAGCGUCUCACAUGAAGGCAUCUACCGGUGCAGAGGACGAAGAGGCAACCCAGGUUUCUUCACAGAGGACAGUGAUGAGAUUCGCAUUGAGAAAACUUGUAAGUUUAGUAACUUUUGUUAA